AUGUUCAAUCCACACGAUCCAAGACAUAACCCACCAAGUACAACACCCUUUCGUCGUCAGGAGAGCCAUACUUCAUCUUCAGACUCACAGAAGCAGCAAUCCCACUGGGUCCAAGAUCUCCCCCGUCGGUCUCUCCACAAAGCUCGAUCUGGUUUGCUGGCUCUUCGUUCCGGCUUUUUGCGACGCCCCCGUCAGAACAUGAAUAUCGAGAAUGCACCGGCUCAUCACAGAGAGCUAUCGAGUGCUAGUACACAAGAGGAUCUGGGCUUUGGUGUUGCCCUUUAUCGAACCAAUGUCCCCUGGCCUCCCACAGAUGAUGAGCCUAGUAUCGAUAUAUUGAUGAGAGCGGCGGCAUUCCAUCCGCUGGCAAACAUUGCAUCCGCUCCCGAGGUUCAGGAUUUUUUGACUUUGGGAUCUCAUGACCCAGAUGCGGUGUUUUCAGACCAGGCGGGCAUGGCGUUUCAUGCUUCACCGACUUUCAAUAGAAGUUGUGAUCAUAUCGCUCAUCCUCAGAGCUCCCAUGAAACGAAAGCCGAGAGGAAUGGUGAUCAAGAGAUUGACAUGGAGCAAGAGACGAAUGUAACUCUUGAAGCUCAUUCGGCGACAUCCUCGACAGACUGGGAAACCAUAAGUUCUUCCUCGAUAUGUUCCACUGGUGGCAAUGAACAGAGACUGCAUGAUGCAUAUGAUUCUCAAGCUGAACAUGCGCAGGGUCGAACGAACUCCCAGCACAGCCAAAGUAUCAUUCUCAAUGGUGGCAUUUUAACGGCCCAAUCAAACAAGGAGGUGAAGCCAAUCAAACUUUCGGGUAACUUGACAUUGAGCAAGCAACCGUUGGUGAAUAAGAACAAAUCAGUUAUACGACGAGUCUCUGGUGUUUCGAGUCAAAGUUCCAACGCCUCCGAGGGACAAGGUUCGAGUUCUAUACAAUCCGAAGCGUUAGCGGCAACACAGGAGAGGUUAUUGCAGCAGAACAGCUCAGCUAGUUUUGCAGAUGACUCUCUGUCUACCUCAAGCCUCGAGACAGGCUCUCUUGAAGUUCCAAUCUUCUUUCCUGGCUGGCAUGAGGCAAUGAUGGAGCAAUGGGCAAGUGGUAGUGAGAGCCAUCAUGAGUUGCCUGCCUCUCUCUAG